AUGACGAAGACGGGAUUUAAGCACCGCUUUUCAGAGACAAUUAACAGAUUGGGACGCGGGAUAAGCUGCGUGCAAUCACGAGCUAUGAGAGACUGUGACAAAGAUUGCGAAGCUCCAAGUUUCAAACCAAGUGAAAUAGCAAGCUCAAAAGUUGUGAAAGGUAGUGAUACAGACAUAGCCGUUGACUGUUUAAGUGAGAAAGAGGAAAAGGAAAUACUGAACUCUUUUCAGCCGCAACGUAUUCGGCGAAGUAUAUCAUUUACAGGGCUGAGUGUUCGAGAAGCUGAGAGAUUAAGAAGCAUCGCCGAGGGUCACAGCUUAAACUUAGUUCAAAACAACUCGGUUGUGACCGAUUUGAGAAGAAGCAGAUGUCACUCUUUUGCAGGAGUUAAAAACAAGAAGCUCGUGGAAAUCACACAAGGACUACACGAAACAGCUGUUGUGGACGGAUUGUUGACCACGACGUUUUGUUCCACUGAACUUUAA